AUGGCGCCUCACCUUGAAGAACGGAUCGAGUCCGGCGUUAACGGAUCUUGGACUAAUGGUAAAACAAUCUCCGCCUCGUCUUUGAAGUCAGGAGGCGAAAACGGCAUUGGCGAGGGCGCCGACAUGGCAGAGCUCAAAACCUGGGCUUCGCCUAUUCCACAAACGUUUGACAAAUGUGUUCACCACAUGAUUCAAGAGCGAGUUCGUACUCACCCUAGGGCCUUAGCAAUAUGUGCCUGGGAUGGGCAAUUGAGCUAUACAGAGCUUGAUACGCUCUCAUCAUCGUUUGCAGCGCAUCUAGUACAACAUGGAGUCAGACCGGAGAUGUACGUGCCAAUCCUGAUGGAAAAGUCGCGUUGGGUGCCAGUAGCUAUACUUGCAGUCUUAAAGGCCGGCGGUGCCUUUGUGCUACUGGACCCAUCUCAUCCGACAAGUCGAUUGGAGGAUAUACAUAAGACUGUUGGUGCGACAAGCAUUAUUGUUUCGAAACAGACUGCCGAGAAGGCAGGCGGUCUUACAACCAAGGUGGUCACUGUUAGUGACGAAAAUGCAGCGAGGUGGCCGAAAACGCCGGUGCCAGUGGACGUAACCCCUAAUAAUGUUGCGUACGCCAUAUUCACGUCAGGAACUUCGGGCAAGCCCAAGGGCGCUGCUAUUGAGCACCGAGCUUUUUGCAGCAGCGCCGUAGCGCACGCCAAGGCAACCAACAUGAAUUCAUCAUCCCGCGUGUUGCAGUUCGCUUCAUAUGCCUUCGAUGCCUGUUUGACGGAGAUGUUAACCGCAUUAAUCGUGGGUGCGUGUGUUUGCAUCCCGUCAGAAGAGGGGCGGACUCAUGAUCUCGCCGGUGAAGCGCUGCGGCUACAACCAAACUGGGCUCUUUUGACCCCUUCGGUGACGCGCAUACUCGAUGUGCGCGACUUCCCUAUGAUAAAGACCCUGGUAUUCGGAGGAGAGGCAAUUCGUGAGGACGAUGUGCGAAAGUGGGCACCGUACGUGGCGUACCUGUUCGUUGCGUACGGGCUAAGCGAAUGUGCAGUAGCCAACAUUGUCCGGCCAUGCAGCACCAAGGAUGAAGAUCACGCAAACCUAGGUUUUGGUGUUGGCGUAAUGUGUUGGAUUGUGGACCCGGAUGAUCAUGGCCGGUUAGCAUCGGUUGGUGAUGUUGGGGAGCUUCUUCUUGACGGUCCCGCGGUCGGCCGAGGUUACAUUAAUGACCCGGUCCGAACUGCCCAAUCUUUUAUCGAGCCGCCGUCUUGGCACCGCCGACUCCGACCGGAUGCUAUUCCCCAUAAGGUUAGACUUUACAAAACGGGCGAUUUAGCGGCAUAUAACCCGGAGGAUGGUUCGGUUCGGUUCGCUGGACGAAAGGACGACCAGAUUAAGUUUCACGGGCAAAGAUUAGAAGUCGCUGAGGUUGAGCAUCAACUCCGGCGCUUACUUUCAGCUGCCCGCGACAUUGUUGUGGACAUUGCUAAAGUCGACGGCGCGGAGACUUUAGUCGCUUUUGUAUUACCGGAAUCUACUCCGGUUGAACAACAUGCUAAUGGGCGUAUAAAUGGGCACACUUCCUGGCUUAGCGGGCCGAAUGAUGGAUUCAGAUAUCAAACACAAUUGACUCGGCAGGAGCUUCAAGGAUCGGUACCCCAAUGGAUGAUUCCGAGCAUUUUUCUGCCUUUGAAAUCUAUGCCCCUGAUGCCAAGUGGUAAGAGCGAUAGAAGACAAUUGCGCUCUUUAGCCACGAGUUUGACUCGGUGGCAAGUUCAAGAGUACGCCGGCUCCAUGUAUUCUGAAGCUAAGAGACAACCGUCCACUGCCAUGGAAAAGGCGAUUCAACAGCUCUGGGUGAGUGUUUUGCAAAUUGAUGUCACUGAAAUCGGGUUAGACGAUAGUUUCUUUGGCCUCGGAGGGAACUCCAUCAGCGCAAUGAGACUUGCUGGAGCUGCUAGGCAGCAAGGACUAGAGCUGACGAUGAAGCACGUAUAUGGCAACGAAACCCUCGCCGUUCUAGCAGCUUCCGUCGGACACGCCUUCGACAACACCACGGUUUCCAUCUCGCCUUUUUCUCUCAUUCCGGAAUCAGAAAAUCGCGCGGCUAUACUUGAAAGCGCCAUGCGCCAGUGUCAACUUCAUGACGAAUCCGAAAUUGAGGACGUCUAUCCUUGUACCCCUCUUCAAGAGGGUCUCAUGUCGCUUACGGCAAGGAGACCAGGAGCAUACACUGUCGCCUUUGAGUACGAACUUCCGUUUGAUGUGGACGCCCGUAGAUUCCAGCAGGCCUGGGAUUCUGUCGUUGAUGCAAACCCAAUUCUUCGAACGCGCAUCGUACAGGCUGGUGAUGGUUCUAUGUACCAAGUUGUCAUUCGUGGGUUGCUCCAAUGGAAUUCAGGGGUACACAUUGAUUCUGGAUCAGAACAAAAAGCGACUUGGGAUGACUGGAGAUUAGGCUCGCCACUGGUUCAAAUACGUCUUCGCAACCCUGAACCAGAUGAUGGUAGAUACAAGUUCACCCUAGCCCUCCACCACGCUUUAAGCGACGGCUGGGCUAUGCCACUGCUUCUUCAGCAAGUCCAGGCUGCAUACGAUGGGACGACCCUUUUGCCGCGGCCGUUUCAACCCUUUAUCGAAUACAUUACGCAGACGAAGCAAGAAUGCGAAAACUUCUGGAAGAAUCAUUUCGCUGACUUGGAAGCUGCUGUAUUCCCUGCUCUUCCAUCGGCUGCGCAUGUCCUUAACCCUUCUGUCAAGGAGACUUUGGUAAUUCCAACUGAGUCUUUAAGUAAUUAUGAGUUCAAUGUGCCUAACAGGCUGAAAUUGGCGUGGAGCAUCCUUAUUUCCCUUUAUACCGAUAGCCCGGACACCAUAUUCGGCGUUACCGUCGCUGGACGUGGGGCGCCUGUCCUGGGGAUCAGUGAGAUGACUGGACCGACAAUCGCAUCAAUCCCGUGCCGAGUGCGCGUGCCUCCAGAAUGCACCAUAAGCGACGCACUAUAUGAGCUUCAAAGGGAUUCCGUAGCCACAAUGCCGUUUGAGCAAGCUGGUCUGCAACAUAUUAGCCGUAUGGGAUCGGAAGCGGCAUCGGCAUGCCGAUUUCAAAGCCUGUUAGUCAUCCAGCCUGAACAGGAAAGUCUUCCGGAAUUAUUUCGCUCCGCUCGUGAUCUAGCAGCACUGGACGCGUUUAGCACAUAUGCGAUUACUUUGAUCUGCCGGCAAUCGUCUGGCCUGGUAGAGAUAGAAGCGACUUUUGACCCCGAUGUUGUGGAUGAAGUUCAAUUCAAUCGUAUGUUACGACAGCUGCGACAUAUAUUCCAGCAGUUAAACCCCUCUCGAGAGUCGAUGCUCAUUCGGGAUAUACACACCACCAGUCCUGAAGAUUGGUUGGAGCUGACGCGAUGGAAUAAAAUUCUGCCAGAGCCAGUCAAGGUGUGUGCUCACGAUCUCAUCCGGAAGCAUUCAGUACUUCGACCAAGCGCACCAGCGGUCUGUGCCUGGGAUGGGUCGUUUACCUACAGCGAGAUAGAAGAACUUUCGUCGAAUCUAGCUGCUUCCCUAAUGGACCAAGGUGUUGGCCCUGAGAUAUUCAUCCCGCUAUGCUUUGAAAAGUCGCGCUGGACCACAAUUGCCAUGCUAGGUGUUAUCAAAGCUGGAGGGGCUUUCAUUCUCCUUGACCCGUCACAUCCGAUUCAGCGUUUGCAGGGAAUUUGUCGAGAUGCAAAGGCGCCGUUCGUCAUUUCUUCAGGACGAAAUGAACAAAUAGCCCGGACCCUUGCGCCACACUCCAUAAUUGUCGGCGAUAACCACAAGCCUUGGCCUGAGCGUCAAAAUGUAUCGUCCGUGCCAAAUCCCUUGGUGACCCCAGAAAAUUCGAUCUACGCCGUCUUUACAUCUGGGUCAACGGGUACACCUAAAGGUGCAGUUCAUUCUCAUAUCUCCUGGUGCACGAGUGCCCAGGCUAAUCGUAUUGGGCUCUAUUUGGAACCAGAAUCGCGAGUUCUUCAAUUCGCCGCUUACGCGUUUGACAUCAGCAUCGCUGAUAACUUGCUUACCCUUGUCGCGGGCGGGUGCAUAUGCGUCCCGUCAGGACAAGACAUACAAGGGAACAUCGUAAAAGCAAUCAAUGACCUCCACGUAAAUUGGGCGUGUUUGACCCCGUCAGUGGCUCGGAUUAUUGAUCCGAAUAAGGUUCCUGGUUUGAAGAAGCUCGUUUUAUGUGGUGAACCUAUUGCUAGUGAAGUUAUUUCGCUUUGGGCACCUCACGCCCACCUUCUUAAUCUGUACGGUCCGGCUGAAUGUGCAAUUCUUACUACUCUUCAUCGGGACGUUCGCGAUCAUAGAGAUCCCAAUAAUAUUUCGACCCCGACAUCCGCUGUAUGCUGGGUAGUUGACGCGAAGAACAAGGCAAGACUGGCGCCAAUUGGCACUGUAGGUGAACUCUUGGUCGAAAGUCCAAUCGUGGGACAUGGCUAUCUCAAUGACCCGAAAAGGACUGCGGCGUCUUUUUCUCCUCGCGAAAAAUACCCUGAAUGGCUUACGAAUUUCCGACCCGAAGGAGCCUCGCGAUUGUACCGCACUGGAGAUCUCGUGCAAUACACAGGAGAUGGAUCCUUACGCUACGUUAGUCGCAAAGACACUCAAAUCAAACUUCGUGGACAGCGCAUCGAGUUGGGAGAAGUAGAGCACCAAUUACGCAAAUGUUUCCCCAAAAUGCAAGAGGUCGUCGCCGAAGUCGUAGCGCAAAGCCGAGGAACCAAACGGUCGGCUUUAACGGCUUUCAUACUACUCGAACAGGACAUAUUCAAAAUUUCUGAUGGCCGCUUCAGGGGUCUCGUAGAAGAGGCCCUCGAGCAAUUGGAGCUUCUACUCCCAGUGUAUAUGGUGCCUACCGUAUUCAUUCCUGUUGAUCGUCUUCCAUUUAGUAAGUCUGGGAAACUCGAUCGGAAGUUGCUUCGCACUCUUGCAGCAGAGCUUCCUCCGGAUGAAUACAACAGGCCUGCUUCCCCAAAGAAGGUACUCCCUCCGGCAUCUAACGAGGAACGCAUUAUCCAUGGGCUGUUCGUCCAGGUUCUAAAGGUACCAGCUAGCGACCUGAGUAUGGAUGAUCACUUUUUCCGUUUAGGUGGCGAUUCAAUCAUAGCAAUGAACCUAGUAUCUUUAGCGAGAGAUCGUGGAUUGACGUUCACCACUGCCGACAUCUUUAAGAACCCCUCUAUAUCUUCUCUCGCCAAGAUCGCUCACAGGUAUACUAAUGGAGUUGAUCAUCAUAUCAAGCCGUUCUCCCUCCUACAAGAUGGCAUUAGCCAUGGCCAAGUCGAAAAUGACGCAAUGGACCAAUGUCAAGUAGGGCGAGAUGAGAUCGAGGAUAUCUAUCCUUGCACACCUCUUCAAGAGGGGUUAAUGGCUCUUGCGGCAAAGACUCCUGGAAUGUACAUUGCGCGAUUCAAAUAUGAAAUCCCUCGGGAGACAGACCUUUCCCGUUUCCGAAAAGCUUGGGAUGCAGUAUCAAGUGCGAAUUCAAUCCUUCGUACGCGCAUUAUCCAGUCGGGAAAGGAUGGUAUCUUCCAAGUAGUCCUAAAAGAAAUGCCUUCGUGGGAGGUUUACGAUACGAUUGAUGAACAGAAACGCCAGUCGGAAGCCCAAGUAAUGGAUUUGGGCUUACCGUUGAUGCAUCUGAGUUUGGCGCCACUAUCCGAUAGAAUCAAGACUUAUCAAUUCAUCUUGACCAUUCACCAUUCGCUUUAUGAUGGAUGGUCACUUCCAUUGCUCUGGGGCCAGGUAGAAAAAGCAUAUAAUGGAGACGAAUUGCCAUCUCAGUCGUUCAAUCACUUCAUUCGUCAUAUUGCUCGUGUUGAAGGUAGCGAAGAGUUCUGGAAAUCGCGAAUGGAUCACCUGAACGCAGCAGUGUUCCCCGCCUUGCCAAAUGUCGACUAUGGCCCAGAUCCGAAUCAAUCAUUUACCCACUCUAUCACAAGCCUACCAAGCUCGGACAGGGAGCAUACCCUAUCAACCCUGAUUCAACUAUCAUGGGCUCUGGUACUCUCGCAUUACACGGACUCGGAAGAUGUGGUUUUCGGGCUCACCUCCAACGGCAGAGGCACGGCGCUUGAGGGUAUUGCGGAAAUUACGGGCCCGACUAUCGCAACGGUUCCCGUAAGAGUAUCUCUUGGUCGGGAGAGAACGGUGACUGAGUCGUUAUCGGAGUUACAGCAACAGACCAUCGCGACAAUUCCUUUCCUCCACCACGGCCUGCAUAGGAUCCGGAGAAUUAGUGCCGACACCGCCAAGGCGUGCGAUUUCCAGACGCAGUUAGUUAUCCAACCUGCCGACAUUACUGCGGAAUUGGACCUUGGCGGUCUCGCGAAAGCAGAGCAAGAGGAUAUCCAAGGAUAUGAAGGCUUCGCAAGCUACGCUUUUGUGAUGUUUUGCCAUAUGCAGGAAGGGUCUAAUGAUCUCCAAAUCUCCGUCAAUUAUGAUCCGCACGUGCUUCAAGAAGCCGAAGCACGAAAAUUAGUAGAGCAAUUCCACGCCGUCUUACGUCAGCUCUCUACGAAGCGGAACAAGGCUAUUAGUGAGGUUCAAAUCAUCAGCAAAGAAGAUAUGGCGCAACUCUCCCAGUGGAAUGGUAGACUUCCAUCCGCAACCCGAGAAACCCUCCACGAUCUAGUGCUUCGCCAUAGCACAGAGAAACCGGACGCGGAGGCUGUUUGUGCCUGGGAUGGCGACCUGACCUAUAAGGAGCUAGACGACUGGUCCUCCCGGCUGGCCGGGAACAUUUUUAGUCAAGGGGUCGAGCCCGAGUCCAAAAUUGCUGUCUGCUUGGAAAAGUCUCGCUGGUCGAUUGUGGCACUUUUAACCGUACUUCGCUCGGGCUGUGCGUGUGUGCUCAUUGACCCUGGCCACCCGCGUCGUCGCAUUGAGGAAAUUGUCAAGAAAACAGCACCACAAAUCAUGAUUGUGUCUGAAGUUCAUGACCAACUUGUGCAGGGGCUUGUUGACAAAACAAUUUCAAUCUCCUCGGCUUCGAUACAGGCUUUACCACGACACAGCGGCAGUCUCCCCACAGUAACACCUACACAAGCCGCCGUGAUAUUGUUCACAUCAGGCAGUACCGGCACACCUAAGGGUAUCGUUAUGGAACAUGUCAACUUAAGCACAAGUAUUCUCGCCCAUGCCGGCGGUAUGGAAGUUCGUCCGGACUCGCGUUCUUUGCACUUCGCAUCUUACGCAUUUGACGUGAGCAUAUACGAGAUAUUCAACACGCUCAUCUUUGGUGGUUGUGUCUGUGUCCCAUCUGAGCACGACCGGAUGAACAAUUUGGCGGGGUUUAUUUCCGAUAAACGGGUCAACUGGGCCCUUUUAACUCCGUCAACUCUCACAUUAUUCCAGCCAGAAGAUGUACCUUCUCUGAAGACUCUUGUGCUUGCUGGAGAAGCAGUGACUCGUGAUCCCGUGGAUAAAUGGGCCGACAAGGUAAGUCUUAUUAACGCAUACGGUCCCGCAGAAGGUACUUUCUGUACCGUCGGGCCUAUACCACCGGUCGGGUGGAGGUCUGGUACGAUCGGACAAAUGGUAGGUAGUGUUGGGUGGAUUGUAGACGUCUCCAGUCAUGCUAAACUAGCCGCAAUUGGGGCAAUUGGCGAGCUUGUCAUCGAGGGUCCGAUUGUGACAAGAGGAUAUUUAAACGAGCCAGAAAAGACCGCCGCCGCUUAUAUUGAUUCGCCGCCGUGGUUACGAGCUUUCCGUGCGCUGGGUACGGAAGGACGACUUUACAAAACUGGCGACCUCGUGCAAUACAACGCGGACGGUACGAUCCGCUAUAUUGGACGAAAGGACACCCAAGUAAAGCUACGCGGCCAGCGUAUAGAGCUUGGAGAGGUGGAAUAUCACGUACGAAAUUGUCUUCCCACGGCAGCUGAUGUUAUCGCCGACGUUAUCGUCCCUCGCGGCGAAGGGAGAGCACCAUUUUUAGUAGCAUGCAUCUGGAUCGGUUCUAAUGAACAGGCGAAUGAAGGAGACAACGAGUUGUUCCUGGAACCGACUAAAUUCUUACGUCAGACGGUUCAGCAUGCAAAUGUCGAAUUAUCGACCUUAAUCCCACCAUUUAUGGUCCCUGAGCUGUUUCUUCCCCUUCGACGACUUCCUCUUACUCGAAGUGGCAAGGUAGACCGCCGUCAAUUGCGGGAAGCCUGCAGUUUGCUAUCGACUUCUCAGAUCUGGGAAUACUCCCCCGAAGGACAGACUGUUAAACGGGCGCCCUCAUCAAGCACCGAGAAAACGUUACGGACUAUCUGGGGCCGAAUAUUGAACAUUGAUGAGGAUUCCAUUGUUGCUCAGUGCGCUGCUGUCGGACUUAAAACAUCAGUAGCCGCCCUGUUUCAAGGGAAAACAAUAGCUCAAAUGAGCUUGAAGACCAAACAAAUGCGCCCGACAGCUAAACCAGGGACCGAAAAGUUAAACGUGGAGUUUGGCUUAUCGCCGAUGCAACAAUUGUUCCUCGGUAUAAGUGGGCAGGAAUAUGAUUACUUUAAUCAGAGUCUUUCCUUUCGACUAGCUCGACCUGUGUCGUCUGAGGCGAUCCAAGAAGCCGUUCGCUGGGUUGUCGUCAAUCAUUCCAUGUUUCGUGCCAGAUUCGUCGAAGAUUCUAGUGGCCGAUGGAGGCAGAUGAUUACUGACAACACCACUCAUAACUACUCGUAUCGUGAGCAUAGAGUAUCAUUCCGCGACGAAGCAGCCACUUUAAUCCUAGCCGACCAAAAAGAGCUGGACAUCCGGGCCGGUCCCCUUUUUAUUUGUCAUGUAUUCCGAGUGGGGGAGUCUGGCCAGCUUUAUCUCUCACUCACUGCCCAUCAUCUGGUUAUAGAUAUUGUGUCUUGGCAGAUUCUUCUCUCGGACAUCGAAUUAUUGCUCGCAGGUCAAAGACCGCCCGCACCGUCUCUAUCUUUCCAGACGUGGUGCCAACUGCAAGCCACAUAUGCAGCGAAGAACCUCCGUCCAUCCGACGCAAUCCCCGAUUACACUGCUGCGAACUAUUGGGGAUUUGAUGUGCACGAGAAUCGUUGGGGAGAUGCAGUCGAAGAUGGGUUUGCCCUUGCUGAGCGGGAUACUGAAAUUCUCCUUGGCGCUGCCAACAACGCCUUUCGAACCCAACCGGUAGAAAUACUCCAUGCAGCUAUUCUACGAGCGUUCGUUGAGACGUUCCCUGAUAGAAAUGCUCCCACAAUCUUUACGGAAGGACACGGACGAGAAGCGUGGGAUCCUAGUAUCGAUUUGACACGCACUGUAGGAUGGUUUACGACAAUGUGGCCAACUGAAGUUUCCGUUACAUCAGAAGAUGACUUGAUCAAAAUAGUCCGAAAAACGAAAGAUUCGCGUAGAAGAGUCAAGAGCAAUGGUUGGGACUACUUCACAUCCCGUUAUCUUCAUCUAGAGGGCGUUUCUAAAUUCCAGGAUGAGGGCCCUUUCGAAAUACUGUUCAACUACCAUCCGGGCUUUACUAAUGACCCUAAGUCCGUCCUCAAGCCCUACUCGUUCGUUCGGGGAGAGCUAGCGCAAAUGUCACCUAAGAUGUCGCGAUUCGCGCUGAUUGACGUCCUGGCUGAGGUUCGCGGUGCUAGAUUAUCGUUCAACUUCAUCUUUAACCGGCGUAUGAAAAACCAACAAGCUUCGAUCCAAGAGUGGAUACAAAAUACUAAGCGAUGUCUCAAGUCUGCAUCGGCCAUUUUAGCGCAAAGAGAGGCUUCUUAUACGUUAUCCGACUUUCCACUGCUCGAUUAUUCGUAUCCCGAUCUGGAGAAUUUCAAUGGAGAAGUAGUCACAGCAUUGAAGGACAAUUCUUUAGAAGUCGAGGACGCAUUUCCAUGCUCACCGAUACAAGAAGGUAUGAUUUUGAGUCAAGCUAAGGUUGCGGGACAGUACGUGAAUAGGUGGUUCUGGUCAGUGAAGUCGCGUUGGGGUUCGCCGAUUGACCCAGAACGACUUAAAAAUGCCUGGAGCCAAGUCUUAUUGAAGCAUCCUCUUCUUCGGACGAUCCUUUACGGAAGCCCACAUCGCGAUGGUUAUCACGACCAAGUUGUGCUUAAAGAGCCUCCACAAAGACUGUGUCUAGUCCUGCCUAGUUGCGGGAAUCCUUUACAGCAACUAGAACACUAUCGAUUUGAAAUUACGGGGUUGACCCCACCGCACCGUCUUGCGAUAUGCCCGUCAACUGGAGGCGACAUUGUAUGUCUUCUAGAGAUAAACCACACGGUGGUCGAUGGUAUCUCGAGGCAAUUGUUUUUGCGUGAUCUGCGGCUGGCUUAUGAAAACAGGCUAGACAUAACACCUCGACAAGCAUAUAGGGACUAUGUCGAAUACCUUAAAGGUCUUCCUCUAGACGAGGCUAUUGAUUACUGGAAGGGUUAUCUUGCAUCGGCAGAACCGUGUAUUCUCCCGGCGUCGCCACCUCGUCGUCUCUCCGACCAUGAUAAGGAUAUCAAACGAGAUCUUAACUUCACACUUUCCUUUGCCCAGGAGCUCCGUGACUUCUGCUCUCAGCAUGAGUUGACAUUGGCGAACAUUUUUCAACUAGCCUGGGCGCUGGUUCUUAGGCGUUACCUCAAUGCGGGAUCCGCAUGCUUUGGAUACAUGACCUCGGGGAGAGAUGUUCCCAUUCCCGACGUUGACAACACGGUUGGUCCAUUCAUCAACCUCCUGAUUUGCCAAAUUGCACUGGGUGAAGACGAAUCGGUCCUGGAUUUGCUUCGGAAAACUAGCGCCGAAUUUGUUCACGGUUUAGAGCAUCAACAUUUAUCAAUGGCGGAUAAGAUGAAAGCCGCCAAGUCAGAGACGCCGCUAUUCAACACGGUUAUGUCCGUUCAAAAAGAGAUUGAAUAUCCUCAAGAAGAUUCCAAUCUGAUAUUUGAAGAUUUCAAGGGAGAUGAUCCCACAGAGUACGAUCUUGUCGUAAAUAUCGGAAUUCUUGAGAAUGGAAUUGACAUUACUUGGGAGUAUACCGAAGCGUUCAUGUCGACCGAGCAGAUUGAAAAUAUUGCAGACGCAUUUCAGCAGGCUUUACUCGGCAUCAUGUCAGAUCCACACCAAGCAGUUAAGGACGUGAACUUAUUUGGCGUUCUGAGUAAAGAUCGCGUCGGCAAGUACAAUGAGAAUGAAGCGACGCCAUUAAAUGAAUACGUUGACGAACUCAUUGAAAAGCGCUGCCUGAGCCAACCUUCUGCUUUAGCUGUUGAGGCUUGGGAUGGAAAUUUUACGUAUGCCGAAAUCAAUGAACUAUCAUCGCUCGUGGCGUCAGAACUUAGGCAGCGCGGGGUCGGACCUAACCAAUUUGUGCCUCUCUGUUUCGAAAAAUCGCGUUGGACUGCAGUGGGCUUACUUGGAAUUCUUAAGGCCGGCGCUGCAUUCAUGCUACUAGAUCCAUCUCACCCCGUCGACAGAUUAAGGGACAUUUGUCGCGACGCGAAUGUGUCUAUCAUAGUAAUAUCGGAACAAAAACACGAUCUGGCAGCUAAUCUAGCAUCGAACGUCCUCAUAAUUGGUGAAAAUAUUCGCGCCUGGAAGAAUCAAAACGGAGUGGCAAGCGACAUCACAAGAGAUGUCGGCGACGCUGUGUUCGCGGUCUUUACCUCUGGUUCUACAGGAAAACCAAAGGGAGUUGUGAUCCAACAUGGUGCUCUCGCAACUAGCGCCGUAGCACACGGGAAAGCACUCCUAAUGGAUACCAAUUCCAGGGUCCUUCAAUUUGCUUCGUAUGCUUUUGAUGUGGCCGUUAUGGAGCAUAUCACUACUCUGCUGAUGGGGGGUUGUAUUUGUGUUCCAUCUGAUGUGCAAAGACAAGAUAUCGCAAAAUCUGCGGCAACCUUCCGGACAAACUGGGCCUUCCUAACGCCAUCCGUGGCUAGAGUCCUCGAUCCAUCCGAUUUCAAGACAUUGCGUACGCUAGUCUCGGGUGGAGAGUCUAUCACUGCCAAGGAAUUGAGCAUGUGGCGCUCCCAUGUGAAUUUCUUCUUGGCAUACGGUCCGUCUGAAUGCUCAAUUAUGUGUUCGACGCAAUUGGUAACCGAGGAGAUAAAUGACAGCCGUAACUUAGGACAUUGUUUUGGAAGUAACGGAUGGGUUGUGAGUCCGGAUGAUCCUAAUCAACUUCUCCCUAUCGGCGCCGUGGGUGAAUUAUUACUUGAAGGUCCUAUAGUUGGAAGAGGAUACCUCAAUGACCCCGAGAAAACCUCGGCAGCCUUUAUCGACCCUCCUUCAUGGUUAAGCAAGUUUAGGGGCAAAUAUGCUGGUCGCGUUUAUAAGUCUGGUGAUUUGGUUCGUUAUAUCGAUAAUGGCGAAUUCCAGUUUGUCGCCCGAAAAGAUUUCCAGGUCAAAUUGCGCGGCCAGCGGAUUGAAUUAGGGGAAGUCGAAUCACGCCUCCAUGCCUCUUUCAAUAACGCAAGUGAUGCCGUUGUGGAAAUCGUCAAACCGGUAGGGGAUGAUCGUCAACCAAUGCUCGUCGCAUUUGUCUGUUGGAGUGAAAACGGGUCGAAGAAAAAUGAGAAGAUUGAUCCCUCAACUGAGAGCUUGUUCACCAAGCCGAAUAGGGAAUUUUCUCGACAAGCCCAAUUGGCGGAGGCACAAAUGAGCAAGACUCUUCCCAUUUAUAUGGUUCCCGUUGUCUACCUCCCACUUCGAUAUAUGCCCUUGACCGGAAAUAGUAAAAUGGAUCGCAAGAAGCUUCGCGCGACAGCGGAACGUCUUACACCCGAAGAACUUGAACAAUACAAUUUUUCAGCGGUGCCUAACGAAAUGCCUAGCACCGAGGGCGAAAUACUGCUCCAACAAGUUUGGGCGUACGUGCUGAAUAAGGACAUCGCGUCCAUAGGAAUUCACAAUAACUUCUUCCGACUUGGUGGCGAUUCUAUUAGCGCGAUGCAGGUGGCAUCGAGAUGCAAUGCAGCAGGAGUGAACGUGACGGUCGCCGACAUUUUCCGUUAUAAAACCAUUUCACAACUCGGGGCUGUUCUACAGAAGUCUUUCGCCUCUGAUUAUCCCCCCGAAAAGAUCGACGCACCAUUCGAGCUCUCGCCAAUCCAGAAGGUAUACUUCCAGGCAGCUCCUCUUGGAAACCACCAUUUCAACCAGAGCUUUUUCCUCAAGUCAACGCGGCCCGUUUCUUCGGGGCAACUGGAAGCCGCAAUUCACCAGCUGGUGCAACAACAUUCUAUGCUUCGAUCUAGAUUUACCCAAGAUGAAGAUGGGAAAUGGAUGCAGUAUAUCGUGACCGAUAUUCCCGGUAGCUAUCGUUCCGAAGAGCAUGUCGUUCAGACAGUUGAUGCCGCCGGUGAAGUGAUUUCAGACAGCGAACUGGCAAUAGAUAUACGGUACGGUCCUAUUCUGGCCGUUGAUUUAAUUAACGUUGGCAAGGAACAGUACCUUUUCAUCGCCGCGCACCAUCUUGUAACAGACUUGGUCUCAUGGCGUAUAAUAUUAGGAGACCUCGAGGAGCAUCUGACCGAAGGCUCUAUUUCUAGCAAACCCUCGUUGUCAUUCCAGACCUGGUGCGACUUGCAGGCAGACUAUGCUGCGGCGAAUUUGGACCCGGAACAUUCAAGGCUAGAUAAAGAUAUUCCGUCACCGCCGACUGAUUAUUGGGGGAUUGCUGGACAGUCCAACUUGGUCCAGGAUACUACCGAAGCCAGCUUCACUUUAGACCGAGAAACAACCGCAAGGUUAUUUGAAGCGGCGAAUGAGGCCUUCCAGACACAUCCUGUUGAAUUAUUCCAAGCGGCGUUGAUCUAUUCUUUCAGUCAAACCUUCAAAGAUAGGUCUGCGCCAGCGUUGUGGAAUGAGGGUCAUGGCCGCGAACCUUGGAUUUCGCAAAUUGAUCUAAGUAGAACGGUUGGUUGGUUUACUACCAUGUGGCCACUGUACGUCGAGGCUGAAGGCCGUGAUGUACCAGAUAUUAUUCGCCGGACGAAAGAUAGGCGUCGAACGGUACCAAGUAACGGAUGGGCACAUUUUGCGUCUUCCUUGCAUCCUAAGGCCCAAGAAUCAUCCGAUCUCAAAGAGGUAACUUUCAACUUCUUUGGGCUUUACCAACAACUUGAACGUUCGGAUUCGCUUUUCCAUAUGAAAUCAAUGCCCAAAGUUCGUGUAUCGGAUGUUUCCGAAAAAUUGGGUCGGUUUUCUGUCAUCGAUGUUGUGGCAGAGUUGCGAAAUAACCAACUUUAUUUCGGAUUUCAUUUCAACAAACACGCAGCUGCUCAUCGUCCUAUUCUAACAUGGAUCAAGAAGUGCGAGCAGUCGCUUGCAGAGAUCGCGGUAAAGCUGCCGUCAAGGCCACCCGCAUACACACUGUCCGAUUUCCCGCUCGUGCCUUUCACAUAUGGCACAUUAGACAAAUUUAUUACGCGCUCCCUGCCGGAAAGCGACAUCGAGGUUUCCAAUGUGCAGGAUGUAUAUCCCUGCUCUCUGAUCCAACGAGGUAUUUUACUCAGUCAAGCUAAGGAACCCGAGCAUUACCAAACUUUCGUUAUUUGGACGAUGGAAAAUAGCGACGAUUCUCCCAUUGAUAUUGAUCGUGUUAUUGCCGCAUGGCGGAAACUAGUCGCUCGUCAUUCAAUUCUCAGGACAGUGUUUAUCGAGAGUGUUUCUCCAGAUAACUUCGUUGAUCAAGUUGUUCUGAAAGAUGUGUCAGCCGAAGUCAACGUGCGUCUAGUCGGCGACAGCAACGAAGCAUUCGUCAACUUAUCUGAUGGAACGCACCUCGCUCCAGGUAACGGGAAACUUCCACAUCGACUAACCAUCAGCCAAGCCACAGGAGGUUGGGUCUUUUGUGGCCUUGCAAUCAGCCAUGCGCUAUUCGAUGGCACAACGAAGCAGAACCUUCUACACGAGUUCAAGCUGGCUUACAAUGGAACACUUCCUUCCGCUGUCGGUCCUAUGUACCGUGACUAUAUAUCGUACCUUAAGGACCAACCCACAACGUCGCAGAGGGAGUACUGGACCAAAUAUCUCGAUGGUGUCGUCCCUUGCCAAUUUCCAUAUAUCCCUGAUAUCAAGGACUUGGAUGAUACUGUGCAGUCGGUUUCAGUCGAGGUCGGCAACGCUUCAAGUAUCCGUCGAUUUUGCGAAAUGAAUGAGUUGACUAUAUCCAAUGUCUUCCAAGUGGCGUGGGGUAUAGUAUUAAGAUACUAUACUACCUCCGACGCAGUCUGUUUUGGUUACUUGUCGGCCGGUCGCGAUGUGCCUGUUCCUGGGGUUCAAGAAUGCAUGGGGCCAUUUAUCAACAUGCUUGUCUGUCGAAUGGAAUUUUCUAACACGGAACCGCUGACCACAAUACUGAGAAGCAAUCAAGAUUCCUUCGUGGAGAGUUUGAAGAAUCAGCAUUACCCUCUUACUGAUAUCCUACGUACAGCUCAAAUACCAGGAGGCGGGUCUUUAUUCAACACUGCCGUGUCUCUUCAAAACCUGAGGCAUUAUGACAUUACUGUCCAUAUCAUUGUUGGACCUGAUCGCAUAGAUGUAGCGUUGGAAUAUAAGCAAUCGUUUAUACCGAGGGAGAUAGCUAAUAGCGUCGCGGAAACCCUUGGGCAGAUUGUUAACGAGAUAGUCGCGAAGCCGGACGUUCCAGUCAGCGGAAUAGAGGCAGUAGGGGAACGAGAACUCCAGACCCUACGCUACAUCAACGGAGCAUUGCCAGUUCCAGAAGCGAAUCUUGUUCAUGAGUUGAUUCAUCAACGCUGCUUGGCUCAGCCUGAUGCGUCUGCUGUUAACUCCUGGGACGGAGACUUUACAUAUCGUGAAGUGGAUGAACUUAGUUCCGAAUUCGCGUUCCACCUUGUGCAAUACGAUGUCGGUCCAGAUAAAUUUAUCCCCGUUUGUUUCGAAAAAUCCAGAUGGACAACGGUUGUUAUGCUCGCAAUCAUGAAGACUGGUUCGGCUUUCGUUCUUAUGGACCCCUCUCAACCGGUGCAGCGUCUACAAGAAAUAUGCCAGAGCGCGCAAGCCUCAGUAGUUGUUGUGUCAGAGGAACAAGCCGAUAUAGCGAGUAGCUUGGCAGCAUAUACGGUGACCGUGGGUGAUCGGAAUCGAGAAUGGGUUAAAAUCGAAUCCAGACCAUUACAUCCACCAUCGCCCAAUAACAUCCUCUACGCUGUCUUCACUUCCGGUUCGACUGGGAAACCGAAAGGUGUGAUGAUUGAACACCAAGCUUUCGCUACCAGUGCUAGAGAACAUAGCGUGGCCUUGAAAAUCAACCAAGACUCUCGUGUGUUACAAUUCGCAUCCUAUGCAUUCGACGCUAGUAUCGCCGAAAAUCUCACUACCCUCUUGAAUGGUGGUUGCAUCUGUGUUGUUUCAGACGUUGAAAGAAAGGAGUCCCUCGCUGAAGCUGUUGGCAGGAUGCAGGCUAAUUGGAUUUUCACCACUCCCUCUAUGGCUAGAAUCCUUAAUCCUGAGGACUUCCCAUCGGUGAAGACAAUGAUAUGUGGCGGUGAGCUGGUCUCUGAUAAAGAGCUCACUAUGUGGAGGAAUAAGGUCGAGUUGUAUCUUGCCUACGGCCCAACCGAGUGCGCCGUGUUUUGUGGCGCGACUGAACGCGUUCACUCCUAUACUGCUGGGAGGAGCUUGGGCAAGACAUUCGGCUGUCGGGCCUGGGUGGUCGACCCGAACAAUCACGAAAGGUUAGUUCCUUUCGGUGCUGUCGGCGAGUUACUCCUCGAAGGUCCAAUUGUAGCCCGCGGUUAUCUGAACGAACCAGAGAAAACGGCCGCUGUGUUCAUUCAACAACCCCAGUGGCUGAAGAAACUCGGAGAUGAGCCGAGCGCACUAUACAAGACUGGCGAUCUAGUCAUGCAUACCUACGAUGGCACUCUUCGUUAUAUCUCAAGAAAGGACACCCAGGUCAAACUCAGGGGCCAACGUCUUGAAUUAGGAGAGGUUGAGCACCGUACACGACAAUGUUUUCCUCGUUCAACUGACGCUAUCGUUGAGCUCGUGGUGUCCGAAGACCAAUCCCGCCGCCCCGUUCUCGUGGCAUUCAUAUACACCGAAAGUGACUCAUCUGUCGAGCCUGGGGGCAUACUUGCGCAGCCAUCUGCAGAAUUCCGUUCGGAAGCUCAAGAAGCGGAGAGCACUCUUAAUGGACUGCUCCCGAGUUACAUGGUCCCCACACUAUAUCUUCCUUUAAACCGCCUGCCGCUCAGUACCAAUGGCAAAGCUGAUCGCCGUUUAUUACGACAACUCGUUUCUGGGUUAUCGCAGAGUGAAUUGUUGGAGUAUAGUGCUCUAACAACCAAGAGUCAGCCGUCGAAUGAAAUGGAGCAGAAACUCCAGGCCAUCUGGGCGCGGAUCCUAAACAUCAGCCCCGAAGAAAUCGGUGUGGAGGAUAACUUUUUCCGUCUUGGAGGUGACUCGAUUAGCGCGAUGCAAGUAGUAUCUCAGUGUGCCAGUCAACAGCUACAAGUGAGGAUAGCAGAUAUCUUCCGCCACAAGACGAUCUCCUCGAUCAGCCAGCGAAUAGCCGCUGCGAAGACACCGGUCCACAGCACAGAAAUCCAGACCGAGAGCACAUUCGCUCUCUCGCCCAUUCAGCAACUGUUCUUUGAGUCGGCACCUAAUGGGAUUCAUCACUUCAACCAGAGCUUCUUCUUCCGCGUCAACAAACCGGUAGACUCGAAACAGAUACUCGGGGCUAUCGCGCAGCUUGUGGCGCGCCAUCAUAUGCUCAGGGCCCGAUUCCGUAAGACGGGGGACAUGACAGCAAAUGUUAAUACUUGGCACCAACUCGUCUCCAGUGCUAUUGACCAUAGUUUCAGGUACCAAGAGCACCGGUUUACUUCCCUACAGGAAUCCAAGGACGUCGUCCUGGAUAGCCACACAUCUUUAAAUCUCGAAGAUGGCCCCGUAUUCGCUGUUGACCUUGUCAAUACUUCCUCUGGGGACCAAUUCUUGUUCAUGGUGGCACACCACUUGGUCAUUGAUCUCGUAUCGUGGAGAAUUAUCCUCAAAGAUUUGGAGGACAUCAUAACGUCGGGAUCCAUAAAAUCCCAGCCCACCUUGCCAUUCCAGACUUGGUGCCGCCUUCAAUCGGAGUACGCCGCUAGUCACCUCAAUCCUGCCGCUUCAUUCGGCGGCGUAAUCCCUGCACCAGGUUUGGAUUACUGGAACGUCGCUGGUAAAAGUAAUCUCAUCAAGGACGCUAUUGACAAGGAGUUCGUCCUAGAUGAAGAUGUGACACAAGCAUUAUUCGGAGCAGCCAAUACCGCAUUCCAAACCCAAUCCGUGGAAAUCUUCCAAGCCGCUUUGUUGCAUUCAUUCGUGAACACAUUCAAAGACCGCGCCCCACCAGCAAUAUUUUCCGAAGGCCACGGUCGCGAGGUAUGGGAUUCGAGUAUCGACUUAACCAAUACUGUAGGGUGGUUUACCACGCUAUCCCCGACGUAUAUCGAGUCGAACGAUGUGUUGGAUAUCCUGCGUCGAACUAAAGAUCAACGCCGAAAACUUCGCAAUAACGGAUGGGCGUACUUUACGUCGCGCUACUUGAAUCCUGAAGGCCGCGUCGCUUUUCAGCAUGACGGGCCUGUUGAGAUUCUCUUCAAUUUUACGGGCUUGUAUCAGCAGUUGGAGCGAGCUGAUAACCCAUUUUCGACCGUUGAAGACUUUGACCACGGUAUCUUGGACGUCGCUGAUGAUUCGCCGCGCUUCGCACUCUUUGACGUGGCUGCAACCUCCUUUGGUAAUCGUCUAAGGUUUAGUUUCUUCUAUAAUCGUCAUGCUGGCGAAAUUCGGCCUGUUGACCAGUGGAUUGCCAAUUAUGAAAAAUCUCUUCGUGACUUGGCCCAUAGGUUACCGUUUCAACCAGCCACAUACAGUCUUAUCGACUUCCCGCUUAUGCCAUUCAACUACGCGACGCUCGACGAGUUUGCGAAGACAACUAUAUCCGGAUGUGGAAUAUCCAUGGACGACGUGGAAGAUGUAUAUCCAUGCUCACCAAUCCAGAACGGCAUGCUUCUAAGCCAAUCCAAAUCGACGUUGGUGUAUGAUAAUCGGUUUACCCUGAAAAUCACAUCCAAGUCAACCCCUCCCGAGGUUAGAACGGAAGACUUUGCUCGGGCUUGGUAUGGUGUAGUCAAGAAACAUUCUAUCCUUCGGACCUUCUUCGUGGCCAGCCAAUCCCAAGGCAAUUACAUGGAUCAGGUCGUUUUACGGAACCCUCCAGAUGGUAUGAUUACCGUCUUGCCUCCGGCUGUCGACCCUCUACAGACGCUUAAUGAGCAUCCUUCGACUAUACCAUCAAAGGGUUCGCCGCCGUACCAUCUCACAUUAUGUAACUCUCCGAGUGGCGAAUUGUCCUGUUUAUUCGAGAUUAACCAUUCUCUCCUGGAUGGAACUUCAUUGCAGAUCUUAGUCCGAGAUUUACACCGGGCUUAUGACGAUGCUCUACCGGCCCAAUCUGGAUUGCUAUAUCGGGAUUAUAUCGAAUAUGUCCAAGGCCUUCCACUAGAGACAUCUAGACAACACUGGAAACAGUACUUAGAUGGAAGUGAUCCCUGUCUAUUGCCUACCUCAUUUACCGGUAACAUGAAGCCCGAGUCUCGAAAAAUGCAAGCCGCUGUCACGAAACUCGGAAUGGGCGCAGAGCUGCGAAAACUGUGUGAAGCUCAUGGACUAACCCUCUCCAACAUUUUCCAGCUGGCAUGGGGUCUCGUUCUGAGAGCUUACACGGGCUCAGAUGAUGUUUGCUUCGGCUAUCUUACUUCCGGUCGAGAUAUUCCACUCUUCGGAAUCGAGGACGCAAUUGGACCGUUCAUCAACAUGCUCGUGUGCCGAACCAGGUUCUCCAAUGAUCUAGCCUUGGUGCAGUUACUCGAACGCACUCAGGAGGAUUAUUUGCUGAACACUAAACACCAACACCUCUCACUGGCAGAGAUAAAGCGAUCGCUUAACCUUCCGGAUAUCCCGCUGUUCAAUACUAUUAUUUCUCUGCAGAGGGGAGGAAUGGCUAUGGAAGUCACAGAGGCUGCGUCUGUUCGGAUUGAGCCGGUGAAGGGAGAGGACCCGACUGAGUAUGAUGUAACGCUAAACGUGUGGGCCGAGGGCGACGAGGUCGAGAUCGCCUUACACUAUUGGACUAACUUCAUGACCGAGUCACAGGCGACUAUCGUAUUAGAUACCUUAACACAAGCCGUCUCUGAAAUACUAGCCAAGGUCUCUCAGCCUGUAGCUGAUUUGGAUCUAUUCGGACCCAGGAGCAGAGAUCAGGUGCUGCGGUGGAAUGAACAUGUUCCCGAGCGCGUCAAUCGUUGCGCGCACGAACUUAUCCAAGAGCACAAUUCAGAAAGGCCACAUGCGCCUGCCGUAUGCGCAUGGGAUGGCAAUUUCACUUACGGCGAACUGAACGAAAAGGCAUCCCUAUUGGCAGCACAUUUCGCUCAAAAUUGUGGAGUUGGUCCCGAGGUUUUUGUCCCUGUCUAUUUCGAGAAAUCGAAGUGGACGACCGUAGCUAUCCUUGCCAUCAUAAAGGCCGGCGGCGCUUUUGUAUUGAUGGAUCCUUCGCAUCCAGUUCAACGACUGAAGGAUAUAUGCCAAGACGUCAACGCCCCCUUAGUCGUUACUUCAGAAGCUAAAGCUGCCAUUGCUACUCAACUAGGGCCGAAAGUUGUCGUCAUUAGUGAUACCCAGUUCAAUUGGGACAUGGAAACGACCAAAGCGCAGUUCGUUUCGUCUGUAGCGCCGAGUAAUCCGAUAUAUGCCGUGUUUACCUCAGGUUCUACCGGCAAACCAAAAGGAGCCGUCAUGUCUCACGCUUCAUGGUGUACCAGCGCGGAGGCGAAUCGAAUCGGUUUAUUCAUGGAUAACACGUCGAGGGUCCUUCAAUUCGCCUCAUAUGCAUUCGAUAUUAGCAUCGCGGAUAUGCUCCUUACUCUGCUUGCCGGUGGCUGUAUUUGUGUGCCUUCGGAUGAGGACCGUCAGUCUAAUUUAAUUGGAGCUAUCAACACCCUUCAGGCCAACUGGGCUUGCUUAACGCCUUCGGUUACCCGAAUCAUCGACCCCGUAGCAGUACCCUCCAUUAAGAAAUUGGUGCUUUGUGGAGAGGCAAUUGCGCCAGGAGACAUCACGAAGUGGAAGCCCCAUGCUCAUCUGUUGAACCUCUACGGGCCGGCUGAAUGCGCUAUUUUAACCACUCUUAAUCGGUUUGUGGACAAUGAAAGGGAUCCUAAUAAUAUCGGUCUUCCAACUAGUGCUGUUUGUUGGAUUGCCGAUCCUCAAGACCAUGAAAAAUUAGUCCCAGUGGGGACAGUCGGCGAGUUGCUGGUAGAAAGCCCCAUUGUUGGUCGUGAAUACAUAGGCGACCCGAUCAAAACGGCAGCCUCAUUCCUAGAUUAUCCAUCUUGGUUGCGAGAAAUACGGCCGAAUGCUACAGGGCGCCUCUAUAGGACAGGCGACUUAAUCCAGUAUCUUGAUGAUGGCUCGAUGCGAUAUAUUGGCCGUAAAGAUACGCAAGUCAAACUCCGGGGUCAAAGAGUUGAGCUCGGCGAGGUUGAAUAUCAUCUGCGACAAAUAUUCCCGCAUGCCAAAGACGCCAUCGCCGAGGUGAUCAAAUCCACCGAUGACGAUAGACCGCCAGCGUUAAUGGCAUUCAUUUAUCUUGACGAAGAUGAGAAAGUGCCGCAAGAAACCAAAUCGGAAAUCUUUGGGGCCCCAGAUGAUCCUUUCAAACAAGCUGUAAUUAUGACAAUGUCACGACUAGAUGGCGUCUUGCCCGUGUUCAUGGUUCCAACAAUAUUCAUCCCUCUCGUGAAAAUACCUCUCACAAAGACUGGCAAAACUGAUAGGCGAGCAGUGAGAAUUGCUGCAGCUAGUUUUACGCGCGAGGACAUCAACUUUUUCACUUCGAUGAACUCAGUCAAGAGAGCACCAUCCACCAAAGCAGAGCAACAAUUCCAAAAGCUUUUCGCUGGUGUCUUUGGCCUUAAUGUUAGCGAUGUCGGCAUUGACGACCAUUUCUUCCGUCUUGGAGGUGACUCCCUACUAGCCAUGACGCUAAUUCCCAAGGCCCGAGAGGCAGGCUACACCAUCAAUAUGGCCGAUAUCUUUAAUCAUCCUAAGCUAUGUGACUUAGCCGCUGCAUCCGUUCAAAUCACAGCAUCAACCGAUAUAACAAUCGCACCUUUCACGCUUGUGGACGAUAAAUCCGAUAAAGAUGCUCUAGUUGAAUUUGCAGCAGAGCAAUGUGGGAUCUCAGCCGACCAAGUAGAGGAUUUAUACCCUUGCACGCCGUUACAGGCAGGCCUUGUCGCGUUGGUCGCUAAACUCCCAGGCCAUUACAUUGCGACAUUUGAGUAUGAGCUCGCCGACAACCUCGAUAUGGAUAGGUUUGUUGCCGCAUGGGAUGCCACGGCAAUCGCUAAUACCAUUCUCCGCACCCGAAUUAUCCAGUCGGAUGAAUCCGACUUCCUCCAAGUCGUGGUCCGGAGUCCAAUUGUCUGGCAGGCCUUCGACAAUGAAGAGGCAUCCAGAGAGCAGAUUAAAACAUCCAGCAUGGGAAUGGGAGAUCAGCUGGUGCAUUUUGCGCUGAUCAAACCAGAGAACGUUUCCCAGAAAGCAUUCAAGUUCCAUCUAACCCUUCACCACUCACUAUACGACGGCGCGUCGCUGCCAAAACUAUGGAGUCAAGCCCAAGUUGCGUAUGAUGGCAUAUCUCCGUCUCCACAGCCGUAUAAUCGGUUCAUCGAAUACAUGUUGACAACUAAAGGGGCUGACAAUUUCUGGAAAUCCGAAUUCGAGGGCCUCAACGCGCCUAUCUUCCCUGUUCUACCGUCGUCUCGAUACAUCCCCAAUCCAAGUUCUUCGCUUGAACACGUUAUCUCCGGAAUAGGUCACCAAUCAACCGAAUUUACAACAUCAACAACUAUACGUCUAGCUUGGGCUGUGGUGAUGUCGUGUUACACUGAUUCUGAGGACGUUAUAUAUGGUUUAACUGUGAACGGACGUAGUGCCCCUGUCGCGGGGAUCGAAGAUAUUACGGGUCCAACCUUCGCCACAUUCCCAGUGCGCACUCAUGUCCGCGAAAAUGACACGGUCCGAGAAGCCUUAGGUGCAAUCCAACAAAAGACCGUAGCCAUGAUGCCGUACCAACAAUUCGGAAUGCAAAACAUGCGCCACCUUAGUCGAGAAGCAGCAAAAGCUUGCGACUUCCAAUGCCAUCUAGCUGUUCAAGCCCCGGCAAGCUCAGCUGGCAACGAGCUUCUCGCAAGUGCUCGGACCAAGCACGAAGAUUACGGAGCGUUCUCCAACUAUGCUUUCGUUCUUGUAUGCCAUCUCCCGGCAAAAGGUGAAAACGACUUAAUCGUCGCGGUGAGCUACGAUAACAAAAUCGUAGAGCCAGCGGUAGCGACGAGAAUGGUUCAACAAUUCGAGCAUGUGUUGCGCCAGCUAUCCCAGAGUCAAUCACAAUCCCUUCGACUAGGCGAAUUGGACCUCGUCAGCCCUCAAGACCGACAGCAGCUAGCGAAGUGGAACGCAGUCGUCCCACCAGCUUGGGAUGUUUGUUUGCACGAUGUAGUGUUGCAACACGCUAUCACUCAUCCCAAUGCUACCGCAAUCUCAGCUUGGGAUGGCGACAUGACGUUCAAGGAACUCGAUACCGCAUCCGCCGUUUUAGCGCAGCAAUUACAAUCCCGCGGUAUUGAAGCAGGAUCGUUAGUCCCAUUGUUAUUCGACAGGUCCAAAUCCGUCAUCAUCACCAUGAUAGCGCUUCUUCGAUUAGGUGCAACAUGCGUUAAUGUCGACUCGACGCAUCCCAGAGGACGAAUCCAAGACGUUCUGGAUCGGACAGAGGCAAAAUUCAUUCUCGCUUCUCCAGCUCAUAAAGAGUCUAUGGUCUUCGAAAAUACUACGCUCAUAACAGUGCCCAUAGAAGGCGAACAGCCUCGAGCGGAAGAUCUGUCAACUUCUCCAGUAGGCCCCCAUGACGUUGCUUUCAUCGUAUUUACGUCGGGCAGCACCGGAAAACCGAAGGGAAUUGUCAUGGAGCAUGUCAAUCUCGCAACUAGUAUUCGUGGCUACGCUGAAGAGACACGUCUUGGCCAGGAUACUCGCGUUCUCCAUUUCGCGUCAUAUGCUUUCGACGCAUGCAUUUAUGAAAUCUUCAGCGCCCUGCUGUACGGUGGCUGUAUUUGCAUACCAUCCGAAUUUGAUCGCAUGAAUGAUAUCGUACCUUUCAUCAACAAACACAAGGUGAAUUGGGCUCUACUGACGCCCUCAUUCCUAGCGCUGCUGGAGCCUGAUAGUGUUCCUUGCAUGCGUACUAUCUACCUUGGAGGCGAGGCGAUUACGCAAGAAAAUGUCCGCACGUGGGCGUCGAAAGUACACCUUGUUUCGGCGUAUGGCCCCGCCGAGUCUAGCAUGUGUGCAGCCGGUCCUAUUACCGAAUCCGACUGGAAGCUAGGAAAUCUCGGUUUCGUGACGGGAGGCGUCGGAUGGGUGACUUUGCCGUCCGAUCCGUCACGCCUCGCGCCCAUCGGCGCGCCCGGUGAGCUGGUAGUUGAAGGUGCUAUAAUCACACGAGGCUACCUUCGUGAUGCCGAGAAGACCGCAGCAGCGUAUCUCACAAAUCCAUCAUGGCUCGGCCCAUUCCGACAGGGUGAUACUGAUUCGCGGCUGUACCGAUGUGGAGAUUUGGUUCAGUAUAAUUCCGAUGGAACACUCCGUUUCCUUGGACGACGAGAUACACAGGUUAAGCUAAGGGGCCAAAGAAUUGAAUUGGGCGAAGUAGAACACCACUUACGAUAUUCGUUCCCAAACGUCACUGAAGUGGUAGCCGAGGUGGUAGUGCCACAAGGAGGGCCUCCUACACUCAUGGCAUUUAUUGCCAAUGUUACUAGCUCAAAAGGCCACUUCGCUGACACCCUAUUUGAGGUGCCGAAUGAAGAAUUCCUGGGUCAAUGCGAGGCAGCAACCCGCAAGAUUAGUGCCGUGGUUCCUAAGUACAUGGUACCCGCUGUUUUCUUGCAAGUAGCGGAGAUUCCUCGCAAUAGUAGCGAGAAGACAGAUCGGAAGAGAUUACGACAGGAAGCGACGAUGCUUUCCCAAGACCAAAUACAAGCAUUCUCUGGUAGUCAUGGUACGAAGAGGAAGCCAAACACCGAAAAAGAGACCUUGCUGCAGUCUCUAUGGGCGCAAGUAUUCAAAGUUUCGCAGGAGAAUAUCGGCGCAGAUGACGAUUUCUUUCAUCUAGGCGGAGAUUCUAUUGUGGCGAUCAGAUUGGCGGGCAUUGCUCGUCGAAGAGGGAUACAUCUUCCAGUAUCACAGGUCUUCCGUUACCCAGUCCUCUCCGAACUAGCCAAUGUUGUGACGACUUUAGUAUCUUCUAAUUCUAGGGAAUAUCGACCCGGAUCGUUAUUGGGUAUCAGCGAUCUCGAAAGCUUCUUCGAUAAACACCUCGCGCAUAUAGCACAACAAUACAAGGCCGGGGAUGUUGAGGACAUCCUUCCUGCUACCGAACUCCAGAAUUCCCUUAUUCGAGGGAAGAAUGUUACGUACAGUCGUCUUCACAUGGGUACUUCUGUCGAUCCAGAACAACUCGAGGCGGCUUGCCAUGCUCUAGUUCGCAAGCAUGCUAUUCUUCGUACGGCGUUCGUACCUUACCACGAUGACAUUCUCCAAGUGGUUUUGCGUGAGGCGACAUUCCAAAUGGAGCGGCUUAACUGUGAAGAGGAAUUAUGGGAUUACUCAGAAAAGUUGUGUUCUCAAUUUGCAGCCACGCCAGUCGAGCUCGGGUCCUUGCAUUUCCAGCCGUACUUGCUUUCGCGAUCUAGGGCGGAGCACAUGUUGAUUAUUAGGAUGACCCAUGCGCAAUAUGACGGAGGAUCCUUCCCCUUGCUCUCGAAAGAUCUGACUUCGGCGUAUAAUGGUGACCAAUUGGAAUCAGGCUCCAGCUCCUUCGCACGUUACCUUCAUUAUCGUUUGAAUCAAAAGUCCGGAAAAGCUCACGAAUUCUGGAAGGAAUAUCUAAAUAAUUCUGAAAUGACGAAUAGCCAGACAUUAUGCGAAAUUCCACGAAACGAUACGCAGAAAGAAUUCUUAGUGAAGCCAUUAAGAGAAGUUCCACGUCCCUCCGUCCCCGAGGGGAUCACUGUGGCGUCUCUGGUCAAAGCUGCUUGGGCCGUCGUCCUGGCAAGAGCCGCCAAGAGAAAAGAUGUUGUAUUCGGCCAUAUCAUCAACGGACGAGAUGCACCGCUACACGAUAUCGAUAGCAUUUCAGGCCCUUGUAUCACCAUUUCUCCCUUCAGAGUGGCGAUUGAAGAUGAUUGGGCCGUGCAAGACCUACUAGCUCACGUACAGAGCCAAUACACACGUGCCAUGCCAUUUGCCAACAUGGACUUCAAGGAUAUACUGAAGAAUGCCACUACAUGGUCACCCGACACGGACUUCGGCAGCGUUCUCACGCAUCAGGACGGUAAUAUUGAUUUAUCAGGGUCGAUUGAAGGGACGAAGUCGCAAUGGAAGACAAUUGAUCUUGGGAUUCAACCCCACUUCCACAUCAUUACGUAUCCAGUGAAGGAUAAGCUUUUGGUUCAAUUCGCUGUCUCGAGUAAUAAGCUUCAUCCUGAAGAUGCCGACCGUGUUAUUGAUCAGUUUUGUCAAGCGAUGUCCGAAUUCUCGUCGGACCCUCAAAGUCGCCUAGUAUUAUAG